AUGCGAUACGUUGCGGACCAUCGAUUGCUCAAGUUUGAAAGAUUCUGGUGGAUGGCCUGGAUCGUGACCUCUCUUGUUGCCUGUGUGAUCGCCGUAGUUCAGCUCUAUCACAAGUGGGACGCAAACCCGGUGGUCAUCGUGUACGCUCCCAAGUUCAUACCGAUCUACACCGUCCCAUUUCCGGCCAUCACAAUCUGCCCGCUGACGAAAACUCUCGUUGAUCAGUUCAACCUGACUCACGCCUAUCAACAGGUCCAGAACGGGACGACGCUGGACGAGGAACGUGAGUUGAAGCUACGAGCGUUAGCUCACGUCUGUCCGUUCUCGCACAAUUGGAAGCGAUUUGAUGCGCGGGAGGACGAGACGAUAUUCCAAACGCUGCGGAGCAUGGCCAUGCCGAAGGAAAUCGUCGCCCAGUGGUGCCUGUGGCGGUUCAAGAAGGUCGACUGUAGUGACAUGAUAACGGAGACGUUGACGGAUGAUGGGAUCUGCUAUACGUUCAACGCACUGCCGGCGAAUCAGAUGUACCGCGCUGGGGUUAUAUCGCCGGAAUUUCUGGCAUUCACGAACGCCAGUACAGUUCGUUCUAACUGGACGCAGGAUAGAGGCUACCGGCGCAAUGCCGGACUCCACACGUACCCGCAUCGUCCUUUGAGCAACGGUAUGCUUUCGGGACUUUUCAUGGUGCUGUCUGUUCGGCAUAUUGAUCAGGAGUUUUUGUGUAGGGGACCAUACACUGGGUACAAGUUGGUCGUUCACCCUCCGGAUGAGAUAUCAUUAACCGGAGAUAGAUUCUUUCGGCUAAACAACGACGAUGUCAUCGAACUAACGUUCACCCCAAAUGCAUUGUACACGGCCCGUGACCUACACGAUGCUCCACCAGCUAGACGCAAGUGCUUCUUCAAUCAUGAAAGGUACUUGCGGUUUUUCAACCAUUACAACCAGGCAAACUGCGCUGCCGAGUGCGUGGCGAACUACACCCUGAAGAAGUGCGGUUGCGUCAAGUUCUCGAUGCCACGCACGGCGACGAUGAAGGUUUGCGACGCCAGCAAAAUCACCUGCUACAGUAACACCAUCAAGGAAGUAUUCGAAGAUGUUUUUUAUUCGGAAAAGUAUAACAAACUAUCGGCAUGUCAAUGCCUUCCGGCUUGUAACAGUAUUCAGUACCAAGCGGAGAUUUCACGGAUGCCGUUCUACUUUAAAGAGUUUGCCCAUAGUCCAUCCCUAUCCAGGUACGAUCCCGCCGUACUAAUGCUAUCCUUCAAGCAUCGUCACUACUUGCCGGUUUGGAGACGACCGAUGCUGAGUCUGACGGAUGUGGUAGCGAAAUUCGGUGGACUGUUUGCCCUGUUGAUGGGUGCCAGCGUGUUGAGCGUGGGUGAAAUCUUGUACUACUGCUGCAUACGGCCGCUGCGCAGGGAGCGGUUUCCCAGGUUGGCGAUCAACCGGAUCUUUGUGCUGCCUUGGGCGGCUCAUCGGAAUCCGUUUCGAGUUCCGAGGAACUAUUAG